AUGAUAGCAAAUGCUGCAGCAUCAUUGGAAGUUAACUUGAAAGCUGCUAUAUACGCCAAUAAUGCCUCAUUCACCCAGUACCACGACGAAGCCUCAUCAUCGUUCCAGUUUUCUCCAAUAACUUCAGUUGAAGGAAUCAAAAAGCUGGAAGAAAACCUCAAUGAUGAUCUGUUCGCCAAGAGAUUGAUCAUUCACAUGAAAAAAAUCAUCGGACACACUGGCGACAAUUGCAAUGGUCAAAACAUUUGUUAUGACCUCAUUGAUCAUUUUUUCGAUCGAAAAGUUUUAGUGCUUUGUUCCUGGAGUGGUGCAAGCAAGGGAGAAAAGCCAAAAUGGUCAUUGAAAGAAUGCGAAAACAUUUUGAAUACAUUUUUCAAAAUAGUUCACAGUGUGAACGUAUCUUUUUCGCACAAGUUGCUUGAAGAUUUUUUCAAAAAAAUCACAAGAAACUCAAAAAAACGCUGUGAAUCAAAGGGCAUGAGGCAAUCAUCUAUACAUCGCAGAUCAAGGAGAACCGUCAACAGUAAUACUGAAACUGGUGAUGCUGUUACCCAUAAUCCUGUCAAUGUCAAUGUUCAUAAUGAGCAAACGGUUAAUCCGGUCUACCAUCUGCUGGGAGCAACCACGGCACAUGACCAAGAUGACGGCCAAGAUGGUAAACCAGAUGACGAAGAAGUCGAUGAAGAAGAAGCUGAUGAAGAAGGAGAAGAUGAAGAAGAAGCUGAUGACGAAGAAUAUGAUGAUGAGGAAACUGAUGUCGAAGAAAAAUUCGGAUGCGAAUAA